CGCGCUGACGUCACGGGAGCGCCCGAGCACCGGGGGGAGGCAGUCAGUCAGAGACCGAGCAGAGAGGGAGACACACGGGGAGAAGAGGGAGAGAGACACCGAGCAGACAGAGAGACAGCUGCGGUUCCCAGGAGCAGACAGACAGGCAGGCUGCCCGGGAGAGAGCGCGUCACCUCGGCUGACCGUCUGGACCCUUGACGCGGCGUCACGGCAGCAGAACAACCGGAGAGCAGAAGAUAGUGAACCCCCUCCUCCAUCUUUUUUAACAGAGCUUAUUUCACCGGAGAGGACACAGCCGCAGAGAUCCGCCACACCAGGCCUUGUGGAUUAAUUGGAUACCUUCAUCUAAGGGGAUGCCCUAUUUAUUAGUUUUCUCACAAAGCCCAUGGAUUUCAUUGAGUGUGUUGGAGAGGCCUUGAUCACAGAUAUGUCAACACUGCAUCAGGAUAUUUCCAGUGAAGAAGCACUUCAGUAGAAGACUGUCGGGAGUUUGUGUUUUCAGCAUUCAGAAUAUUUUUUACAAUGUUGUAAUUGCACAGGCUCCUCACUCUGUUUUCUCAGGACACCACCUUUCUUGACUGUAGUUUAGUCUCACUUGGACAUCUGAUCCAGAUACACAUACAUCUCCUAAGUAUACACCCCAUAUUGUCUCACCAUGUACGGGAGCUCACGUUCCAUCUCAAAGCUGGAUGUUGUCGGAUCCAAUGGUAACGGGUCGGUUUCUGGGAGUCCUGGUCGCUCCCCGCGCCUCCCCCGCUCCCCACGCCUCGGACACAGGAGAAACAGCAGCAGCAGCUCCACCGGCGGACUAACUGGCUCUGGUAAAACCCUGUCAAUGGAGAAUAUUCAGUCUCUUAAUGCCGCCUACGCCACAGGCGGUCCUAUGUACUUCUCGGACACAGUUGAAGACCCGAUCGGGAUUGGGAGUCUGGGCAGUGGGCUGAAUCCCUCGCUGCCCAAAAGCACCAUGACCUUGGGGAGGGCCGGUGCCAGGGUUCCUUAUGGAGUGAGGGCGGCAGUUAUGGGCAGCAGUCCUAAUAUAAACAUUGGAGGUGUAGGUUGUGGAGUGGUCAUGCCUACUGAUGCUAUAGCGUUUGGAGGAGAGCUGCCAAACCAGCCUCCACAGGCAGCUACUGUUCCCCACUCCAUGAGACAGGUGAGAGACGGAGCCAUGUCGGACCUGCAAACACAACUAAGAGAAGUGCUGAGAGAGAAUGAGCUUCUACGCAGAGAACUGGAGGCUAAAGAGUCCAAGCUGAGCUCCUCUAUGAACUCCAUCAAGACGUUUUGGAGUCCAGAGCUGAAGAAGGAGAGAGCGGUCAGGAAGGAUGAAGCCACAAAGAUGGCCGUCUGGAAGGAGCAGUACAGAGUCGUACAGGAGGAGACACAGCAUCUUCAGUGCACCAUCCAGGCUUUACAAGAUGAGGUCCGAAUCCAACGCGAUCUCAACCACCUCUUCCAGUCAGAUUACUCUGACUCUGGGCACCUCGGAAACCAUGCCAUCUCCCCUCAGGAAAUGACGGAGGAGAACUUCCUGCGUCUCCACAGCGAAUACGAGCGGCAGGUCAAAGAGCUCUUCCUCCUCAGGAAGACGGUGGAAGAAAUGGAGCUGAGGAUAGACACGCAGAAACACACACUGACUGCCAGGGAUGAGUCAAUAAAGAAGUUACUGGAAAUGCUGCAGAGUAAAGGCCUGUCGUCACGGGCAACAGAGGAGGACCACGAGCGUACGAGGCGACUGGCAGAUGCUGAGAUGACCAUCCACCAGCUGGAGGGCCUGCUGGAGCGAAAAGACAAGGAGAUGCUGCAACUCAGAGAGGAGCUGCACAGGAGAUAUGAAGCAGCUCCAGAGUCGACGAAGACCAAGGCCCUGCAGACAGUCAUCGAAAUGAAGGAUGCAAAGAUCAGCUCGAUGGAGCGUGGCUUGAGGGAGCUGGAGGAGGAGGUGAACAUGCUCAAGUCCAACGGAGCUCUGAGCAGCGAGGAAAGGGAGGAGGAGAUCAAACAGAUGGAGGUCUACAGAUCCCACUCCAAGUUCAUGAAGAACAAGGUUGAGCAGCUGAAGGAGGAACUCAUUCACAGCCAAUCAGAGAAGGAGGAGCUAAAACAACAAGCCAAUGAGCUUCAACGGGAGGUGUCUGCAAUGGAGCAGGCGAAGCAGGAGCUGAGUCGUAAGGACAGUGAGCUGCUGGGUCUUAGGACCAAACUGGAGACACUGAACAACCAGUUUUCUGACAGCAAGCAGCACGUGGAUGUUCUCAAAGAGUCACUCACUGCCAAAGAACAGAGAGCCGCCAUACUGCAGACUGAGGUGGAUGCCUUGCGUCUGCGCCAGGAAGAAAAGGAAUCAUUUCUGUCUAAAAAGAGUCAGCAGAUAUCAGAGCUGACAGACGAGAAGAGCACUCAGCAAGGAGAGAUCACCGACCUCAAGGACAUGCUGGACGUCAAAGAACGCAAAGUUAAUGUGCUGCAGAAGAAGAUAGAAAACCUCCAGGAUCAGCUGAGGGAUAAAGAGAAACAGCUGAGCGGCCUGAAAGACAGAAUCAAGUCUUUACAGACGGACACGUCCAACACGGACACAGCACUGGGAACACUGGAGGAGGCUCUGGCUGAGAAGGAGCGAAUCAUCGAGCGCUUGAAGGAGCAGCGGGAGAGGGAGGAGAGAGAAAAGGGAGAGGAGAUGGAGUCCAGCAAGAAGGAGCUGAAGGAGUUGAGGGAGAAGGUUUCCCAGCUGCAGGCUGACCUGGCUGACCGUGAGACAUCUGUGUUGGACCUUAAGGAGAAGGCGUCCUCUUUGGCUUCCUCCACUCUGAAGAAGGACAACAGGCUGAAAAGUCUGGAGAUCAGUCUGGAGCAGAAGAAAGAGGAAUGUGUCAAACUAGAGAACCAUCUGAAAAAGGUGCAGAGUGCAGCAGCAGAGUCAAAGGCUAGCACUGAAUUCUCUGAGCGCAUCUCCUGCCUGGAGCAGGAAGUGACCCGGCACAAAGACGAUGCUGGGAAGGCCCAGACCGAGGUGGAGCGGCUGCUGGAGAUCCUGAGGGAGAUGGAGAAUGAAAAGAACGACAAGGAGAAAAAGAUCCACGAACUGGAGAGAAACCCCUCUGCUUCUCAUCUGUGGCGUUCUCAACAGUCGCGAAAACAGGCCCCCGCCCCCGCUGCGUCUCAGCAGCCUAAGGGGGGUCUGGUGUGGGACUACCUGGGCACUUUUGCCUCAAGACAAAUGAAGGACCAGUCAAAGAAGGUGGCCAACCUGAGGCACAAGGAGCAGCUGGAGAAAAGCAGGAACGCCCAGCUGAUGGAGGAGGCCAAGAAGAGAGAGGACAAUCUAAAUGAAAGCUCCCAGCAGAUACAGGACUCCCUCCGUCAUAAAGAGGACCGCAUCGAAGAGCUAGAGGAGGCGCUGAGGGAAAGCGUUCAGAUCACAACAGAGCGGGAGGUGGUGCUCGCCCAGGAGGAGCAGGCACGCACACAGGCAGAGAAACAGGUGGAGGACCUGCUGGUUGCCAUGGAGAGGGUGAAACAGGAACUGGAGGUGAUGAAGGCCAAGCUGUCAUCGACUCAACUCUCACUGGCCGAGAAGGAAGGUCACCUGACCGCCCUGCGGGCCGAGAGGCGAAAACACCUGGAGGAGGUUCUGGAGAUGAAGCAAGAGGCGCUGCUGGCAGCUAUAAGUGAGAAAGACGCCAACAUCGCCCUGCUGGAGCUGUCCUCGUCCAAGAAGAAGAAAACCCAGGAGGAGGUGGCCACUCUCAAGAGGGAGAAGGAUAGUCUGGUUCAGCAGCUCAAACAGCAGACUCAAAACCGGAUGAAGCUGAUGGCUGACAACUACGAGGACGAGCACCUGAAGGUCUCAUCUCCAAACACAGAGCAGCCCAACAAUCACAAACCCUCCCCAGACCAGAUUCUCUCUCCCCUCCUGGAUCUCAAUCAGAAUCGCAGCAAACUGAAGCUGUACAUCAGUCACCUGACCUCACUGUGUCAGGAGCGGGACCCAAUCAUAUUGCAGGACUUUGCCCCGCCCCCCUCCUAUCACCGCUCAGACUCCGCCACCUGGCACACGCAGCUGCAGAGCAUGACACAGGAACAGUUGGAGGCGGAGUUAGAGCUGUGUGAGAGGGAGGGGGCAGAGCUCCAAGAGUACGCCAAUCAGGUCCUGCAGCAGAUCGCCGACCGAUGCCCCGACAUCUUGGAACAAGUUGUCAACGCCCUGGAGGACAGCUGCUGACACACACACACACACACACACACACACACAGUCAGCCAGCCCGCCCCAUAAUCCCCUGAAAUUAGAUUCUCAGUGUUGGACAUGAGGAUGAAAACCUUUUCUUCACUCAUCUCGUUUUCACAGAUGAAAAAGUGGAUCCACAAAAAAAAAAAAAAAGAAAUCCUGAUAUCACUGAAAAACAUUCGUCCACUGCGUCUUCAGUCCACAUUGUAUAUUUUUUAAAUGAGCGGGGCCAGCUAAGGGAAAAUAUUGUUCACUUCUCCGCCCGCAGUCGUUGGCAUGCUAAUUAAUUGGAAAUAGUUUUUGAGACAUUAAAAGUUAUACUUCAGCAGGAGGAGCCUUCACCGCACUUGUGUUCGCGGACACAUCACAGCGGCCAUCUUGUGUCCUUCCAGGUGAUCAGCAGUUGUGACUUGUAGUUUAUCGAGGAGGAAGAAAAAAAAUCUAACUGUAUUUGAAAGUGAGUUGAGUUUGCCAGGUUGUUUCUGAUGCCAGACUUACACACUGUUGUCACACUGUCAUUUAUUCAGAUAUGAGAGUGUCUAUUUCAGCUGCCUCUGUUUCUUUACAUCAUUUGCUGCUAUCGUUUUCACUUUUAGUUCCAUUUCUUGUAUUUUCUUUCGUCAGGUGUCUGAUGAAAGUUUCUUUCUUUCCCGGCCGUUGUGUAAAUUGUAAAGAGAGAAGUUUUAAUUAACAGCAACGCAGCUUUCAUCAGGGGAACACAACACUUUCAUCUAUAGUUUCACACAACAAACGAAAAGCAUAGAACCACAAUAAAUCUCGCAAUAUUCCCUUUAUGAAAACACACCAGUGUGGAUGGUUUGUGUUUCUCUUUGACCUAAGAAAGCAACACGUUCUGUUGGGUUGUGCGUCCGUGCUGAGUUCAGAUGAUCCCUCACUUACCCUCCUGUGACAAUCCCUUUAGAGUUAACAUGAGGAGAUGUCUGAACUCACUCAUUUCCCCUUAUUGAAACGCGUCUGUUUUUCUUUCUCUGGAGGAAGGGAAGAUGAAAUAAUUGUUAUAUAUUUUUUUGCUUUUGGUAAUAUAUGAAUAUAUAAAACACUAAUCUUGUUUAAUUGAAAAUAUUGUCAUCUAUUGGUUGGUAUGUUACAUAAUGUGUCCAAAUAAUUUCUCUAUUGUUUGUGUGUGAUUUGGAAGAGAGCACAGAUUUGUUGCUGUAUGUUGCACCUACUCGCGGCUCCGUGUCCACCAGGAACGUUUUUCACCACGCUCACGUUCUUGUUCUUGUUGUUUACAGUGGAAAUGACACUCAAAUGCAUGUUUCCCACAGCGCUGACAGCCCGAGCAUGGAUUUACACACUUGCAGCACAGAGCACCGGAGGAUCUAAUUCAUGCAAAAGCUCCUCUGACUGGGGCCUUUUAUUUUAAGCUGUUUCCUAAUUCAGGGGCCACAUCCCUCGGAGGAGGAAGACAAAAAGGCAAAUGGGAGACAGUAGGUCUAUGGCUAGGCUGUCCCGUUUCAAAUUCUCCUUCACAUAUGGCUUACAAGUGGUGACAAAGCUAACAAGGUAGCUAUGCGAGUGGCUGAGCUGCAGUAUCGGCUGGUGACGCCCUCCAGUCUGUCUCAUUUUGACUUUAUGGACUCCGGAGGCCAGGCUGCGUCCUCCCAAUGAUGCGGCCCCUGAAUUUGGACACGGCUACAGUCUCAUUCUGUGCUGAGUACUGAAGACGUGACUGCCGUUGGCCACAUGCAACUUGUGCUCUCCCAAAAAAAAAAAAGAAACGCCCGGUGGACACGGAACCCAAAGACAGGGAUUUACACGACAUUCUCAAAUCUGAUUUUACACCAAACUCUGAUGAAAUCUUUUCUUCAGCAGUGUCUUUAAAGUCAAAAGCAACAUGAGGAGUUUCAUUUCAAAACAGUUUUGGGAGGAGAGAUCUCGUGUAACAUUUGACCUACGAAGGUUGUUUUAUUUUGAAAUGAAACUCAGUCAGAUAUGAGCGUGUUGUUGUAAAUCCAGUGUUUUGUUUUGCGUGUUUUAUACUGAUGAUGUUUUGUCUUUAGGAAGUGGUGAUGACUGGAACUCACGUGAUUCUGUCGUGGAUUGAAAAUGAAAGAAUGGAAAUAAAACAUGAAUUUAUCUUUA